CGGCCCUCGCCGCCGGCUCCCGGCCCCGCUCUCCGGCUCUUCCCGCCGCUCCCGCCGCCGCCGCCAUGUCUACGGGCUUCUCCUUCGGCGCGGGCACCCUGGGCUCCACGGCGGCCGCCGGGGCAGGAGGAGGCGGAGCAGCAGUCGGGGGUUUUUCCUUCGGGACCGCCACGCCGAGCUCAACAGGAGGACUUAAUUUUGGAACUCUGGGCUCUUCCACUGCUACGGCAACUACAUCGGCCCCUUCAUUGGGUUUUGGGAGUGGACUUUUUGGAUCAAAAUCAACCACUGGCUUUACGCUAGGAAGCACCAGUACAGCAGGAACAGCAACAACUAUUGCUACAGGACUGACAUUAGGCACACCUGCCACCACAUCAGCAGCUACCACAGGCUUUAGUUUAGGUUUCAGCAAACCUGCAGGUUCAGCCACGCCAUUUGCUUUACCUGUUACUUCUACCUCAGCGGGUGGCCUGUCAUUAUCAUCUGCUCUUACAUCAACUCCUGCAGCAGGAACUACUGGCUUUACAUUAAAUUUGGGUGGCACAACUGCUCCAACUACAACUGCUUCCACAGGCCUUUCCUUAGGAGGAGCCUUAGCAGGCUUAGGAGGUUCACUCUUCCAGAAUACAAGCACAGCGGCAACAGGACUUGGACAGAAUGCUUUGGGUUUGUCUCUGGGGACAACUGCAGCUCCUUCGACUACUGCCAGUGAAGGUCUUGGUGGCAUUGAUUUUAGCAGUUCUUCAGACAAAAAGAGUGACAAAACAGGAACAAGACCAGAAGAUAGCAAAGCGCUGAAGGAUGAAAAUCUACCUCCAGUUAUAUGUCAAGAUGUAGAAAAUUUACAGAAAUUUGUGAAAGAACAAAAACAAGUUCAGGAAGAAAUUAGUAGAAUGUCCUCUAAAGCGAUGCUUAAAGUUCAAGAAGACAUUAAAGCUUUGAAACAGCUUCUCUCUGUAGUUGCCAGUGGGUUACAGAGAAACAUUCUUAAUAUUGACAAGCUGAAAGUUGAAACUGCACAGGAGCUAAAGAAUGCGGAAAUAGCACUGCGAACACAGAAAACUCCUCCUGGUCUUCAGCAUGAAAAUACAGCCCCAGCAGACUACUUCAGAAUCUUGGUCGAACAGUUUGAAGUACAGCUGCAGCAGUACAGGCAACAAAUUGAAGAACUGGAAAAUCAUCUUGCUACUCAAGCAAAUAAUUCACACAUAACUCCACAAGAUUUGUCUAUGGCUAUGCAGAAAAUCUAUCAAACAUUUGUAGCUUUAGCUGCACAACUUCAGUCAAUACAUGAAAAUGUAAAGAUGCUCAAAGACCAAUACCUUGGCUACAGGAAAAGCUUUCUGGGAGAUGCCAUGGAUGUGUUUGAGGCAAGACGAACAGAAGCAAAGAAGUGGCAAAGCGCGCCACGCGUUACCACUGGACCGACCCCUUUCAGCAACAUACCAAAUGCAGCAGCCGUUGCAAUGGCUGCAACACUUACUCAGCAGCAACAGCCUGCUACAGGGCCACAGCCAUCUCUGGGAGUUAGUUUUGGAACGCCAUUCGGCUCAGGUAUUGGCACUGGCUUGCAAUCAAGUGGCUUAGGUUCUUCAAGCCUUGGAGGAUUUGGAAGUAGCUCUGCCUUUGGAAGUAGUGCCACAGGAGCGUCAUCAUUUGGGUUUGGAACUACAAGUAAACCAUCAGGAAGUCUAAGUGCAGGCUUUGGGAGCUCGACUACAUCUGGGUUUAACUUCAGCAAUCCUGGCAUCACAGCAUCAGCUGGCCUGACGUUCGGGGUGUCUAAUCCUGCAUCUGCAGGCUUUGGGACAGGAGGGCAACUUCUUCAGCUGAAGAAACCUCCAGCAGGAAACAAGCGAGGGAAAAGAUAGGCACCCCUUUUAGGGAGGGGGAAGCGCAUCAACUUUCUUCAUCUGAAAAGUCUAUUUUUGUAGAUGGAUUAAUUAAAUUGCAUCCCAGGAGAUUUAUAAAAAUUUUGCUACUUUUCCCUAGUGAAAUCAUAUUGAACAGCUAUUUUCUUGUGAAUAGAAACCCGUUUAUGUAUUUUUAUUUUGGGCCCUAGUUUUAGAAAUGUUCUAUACUGCAUUAUUAUUAAAGAAUCUUGUAAAAUCAUCUAUUUAACCUAAUGUUAGUAGCAGAAUAUUUUUUGUUAAUAAGCUUUAUACCAUAUGAAUAUAUGCAUAUUUGUUUUUUUUGUACAGAUAAAAUAUAUUCUAGUACAAAUACUAGAGUUCAUAUCUUCUGUUUCUGGAUAUGGCCUUUAAAUCUACUUCAGGGUGUUUUUGUGUAUAUGGAUGUAAAUAUAUACAGUACAGUGCACACAUCUGUGUGUAUGUAUGUGUAUAUAUAUAUAUGUAUAAAACACAGAUGUGCAUACCUUCCCCCAUAGACAGAUCUCCUUUUCUUUGUGUGUUCUGUUUCUCCAUGUUGUCCUGUGGUCCCAUAUCCGGAUGUUCCUAGGAAUUUCAAAUGGGGGGUCCCAGGCUGUGUCAUCAUUGCUCCUGUGUCUUGUUGUUUAAAACCAGCUGAAAUACAAUGUUUACUAUUUCAUAAAGUUUGGUAGAUAGUGGUUAGUAGCUGUUUUGGUUUUGCUUUGGUUUUUCUAACCUUUUUCGUGGCCCAUUUAGCAGCCAACUCUAAAGAAGAAUCUGGGAUUUUGACACACUUUUCAUAGGUAAUGUUCCCAAGCUGUUGGAUUUUGUUUUUCUCCUGAGCUGGAGAGUAGGGCACUGCUGGAUUUCAGCUGAAAGCUCAGGAUGCCACAAGGUAUGUGUGCAAACAGGAGUUGUCAGACUGGAUGAGCUUUUCCCUGAAUUUGAGAGAGAUAAGAUGCACUGUCCUGUUGAAAACCAAAAUUAAGUGUUACAAAUCCAAGUUGCUUCAUGAACUUCUCUUCAGCCCUGCCUUAAAAGCAGUUGGGCAUCUGCUUUUGAAAGAGGUCUAGUACAGUAACUUGCUGUUCAAAAACAGAGGAGGAAAAUUAUGUCAUUUGAAGGUUAAAGCUAUUGCAGCAGUAGUUUAUGAAUCUUAUAUACUGUAACAUCAUAGCUUGUUGUUCUGCAUCUCCAAUUUGGUGUGCACUAGGAAUAUCCAGGAAAAUAUCUUAAGAAGGAAAUAACAAAUCAAUUGAUUCUUUUCAAAUAAUGAUACUAGGUUGAUGUGUGAGCAUGAAACUUUGGAGCCAAGUUGAUUUUAUGUAGAGGUUUUGUCAUUGGCUUUCUAUUGUUAAAGUAUUACUAUCAUUUUGUAUGUUUUGGAAGUGUCUGCAUUCAGCAGCCAUUGCUCCUUGACAAAUGUUUGGUUUGUCACUUAAUCUGAUAAAAUUAAGGGAAACUGAGCACAGAAUUCUUCACUUUUGUACUUGUAUGUUGUUGCAUCUUUGUGAGCAGUCUCUUAGGAAGGGAUAUGUGUUUUUUUUAAUGUCACAGAAAAAUAAAGCUUAUGGUUUAUUUUAAUUUCAACCUGUUUUUAAACUUUUACUGGGCUGCAGUCAAAACUGUAAUGUUUGUAUUUCUUUGUUACUGCUUUUUUUAAUAGUUAAUAUGUUAAACCACUGGACUCUUAUAAUGUAUUAAUUUGUGAAACUAAUUCUAAAUGUGUACUGUUUGUCCAUAUGUGCAACUUACCAUUGUGCAAACAAUAAAACAAUAAUGCUGUGAUCCUUGUAAUACAUACGUGCCUAUCUGAGAGAUCAUUUCCUGUCAUUCUCCUGCAUUAUAGGAGAAACAAAAACUUCAUUGGCUAAUAUGUAGAACUGUUCUUCCUAGAAUUCAUAUAGUGCAGAAUUGUUCUUGCUGAAGUUAGGGCCUUGAUCCUGCAUUGAAAGUGCAGAGGGAGAGGGGGUAAAGGGAGGUGUUGUAUUGUGGGAUUGUGUAGAAUUUCUUCAGUGCACAGUGUAAGCCUGGAUCAUGGUGUAAUGUAACACAGCGCUAGGAAUGGCUUUGUAAAUUGGGGAACAGUCUGAGCCUCCUGGGUACCUGUGCUCUGCUUCUUUCCCGAUUAAACAGCAGUUAUGUCCUUAAUUUAGCCUAAGUGAAAAGUGAUUAUAUAGUAGAAUAAUCACAUAUAGUAGUACAAACUAAAGUCAAAAUGGGAUUUGAAAUAAUAUUCUCAGACUUUUACUUGGAUGGUUGAAUUUAGCCAUGAUUUUUGGGGAUCAGCACUGUAGACAUUGUUUCAAAUUAUCUUUCACCCCAGUUUAAAGAUGUGUUAAUAUGAUUAGUGUGUAAUAUACAAAUGCAUUCAAGGUUCGGCUUGGUUUUCUUCAAAGCAGGUUAAGAAGCUGACCCAUAUUUAAACUCCAUGAAAUCAAAUCAAGUCUAAUUUGUCUGUUCUGUAAAGAAAGAAAAGUCUGGUCUGGAAGAAGGUUCAAGUCCAUGUGCAAGAUAUGGUUUUCUGUUAGUUUGUACCUUGUUGUACAGCUGUGGUAUGAACUUAUGCAUGUGACCUCUUUCUUUUACGAGAAGUAACUUUGUUUUUCCUUCAGUGUUCUCCCUAGGAUGAAGACAGCAGAAGGGAAAGAGCUGUGCCUUAGAUUACUUGGUUCAGAAACCUCUUUCUUUGUGCUUGUGUGUGUCUCUGUUUCUGUCACAUCAUUUAGGUAGAUCCUACACUUAGCUACUUAUUUCUUGUGGAUUGUGAGGUUGGAGAUUGAAAUAAGGUGGAGUGGGUCAGAGUUUAUGCAUCUUCCUCACCACAAAAAAUCCAAAUUCAGCUACAUUCCCUCCAUCUACAUGUUCCUAACAUAACUGCAUUUUGGAUCAUGAUUGCAUUUAUAGCAUCAAUUUUUUAAAAAUUGAAAUAAGGCUCAGGAAUACAGCUUUAGUGGCCUUUCCCCCGCUGUUUGAUGUCAGUGGUAUUUCCACUCCACUACUCAUGAGGACAGUAGAAAUAAUCCAGUCAUUCAUGUGAGCUCAAUUAUGUUACUGGUUAUACCUGGAAUAUGUCAGC